UCCCGAGCUGCCCCGCGAGGGGAACGGGCGAUGAGGAAGGCCAGCUCUGGCCGGCGGUCUCGGCGGGGCGUCGGAGCGUCGGGCUGAGGAACAAGAUGUAUACCUUGCUGUCUGGGCUUUACAAAUAUAUGUUUCGGCGGGAUGAGUACUGCAUUUUGAUCCUCGGACUAGACAAUGCUGGGAAAACGACUUUCCUUGAACAGACUAAAACAAGAUUUAACAAGAAUUACAAAGGGAUGAGCUUAUCUAAAAUCACAACUACGGUGGGAUUGAACAUUGGCACAAUUGAUGUGGGCAAAGCUAGACUUAUGUUCUGGGAUCUUGGAGGACAAGAGGAGCUACAGUCUCUCUGGGAUAAGUAUUACGCAGAGUCUCAUGGUGUCAUCUAUAUCAUUGACUCCACGGAUGAGGAGAGGCUUUCAGAAUCGAAACGAGCUUUUGAGAAGAUGGUAAGCAGUGAACUACUUGAAGGUGUUCCCUUGUUGGUUCUGGCUAACAAACAAGAUGUAGAGAACUGCUUGUCAAUCCCUGACAUCAAAACUGCGUUUAGCGACUGCAUCAACAAAAUUGGGAAGAGGGACUGCCUGACCCAAGCUUGUUCCGCACUGACUGGCAAAGGGGUAAACGAAGGCAUCGAGUGGAUGGUAAAGUGCGUGGUCAGGAAUAUUCACCGUCCCCCAAGGCAGAAGGACAUCACGUAAGAGGCCACCAAAGAACCACGCUGUGGACAUCCGUGUCCUGCACAAGACUCUUUGUUCUGUAUCCUUCUGUCUCUCCCCCUCUUCCCUUUUCAAGGAAGUCCCUAGAAGUCUGGUUCUUUCUUAGCUGGAAGGCGAUGAAGACGCUUGUUGCCUUCUUUUGGUGUCUCGCAAGAGAACAGAGAAGAAUUCCGACGGAAGUCUUGAUCUAGCGGUCUCCCGUCCUUGGCCCAAAGAAGGGUGAUUGUCAGCUUUGUUUGGGCAUUGGUAUCCUGAGCACGGGGCUCAGAUUCCUCCUGCCUUGUUUCAACCUGUGGGACUGGAGCUUGUUGAGGUAGAUGAUUGUAUGGAGGUCAGUGGCUUGAAGCACUAGAAAUACUGCAUUCUAGUUCCUAUCCCUUUUUAAAACCUGAACUGUAUCAAGAAUGUCCAGAUGUAUUUGUAUGACAAGGGAAAAGAGGGCAAACAAUGGGAGAGGAUGGUGUCACAAACCCGGGGUGGGGGUGGGGUGGGGACCUGCUGGGGCUCAUGGCCCGGCUCUGCCCUCAUUCAUGUCGACAUAACAGCAUUAUCAUUGACUUCUAGUCUUUUAUUUCUGGUUGGCUUUGUUCCUUUUAUCUGCCGUGUAGCGGAAAUUAAAGCUCAAGGCUCCGGUGUGAGCCAUACUCCUCCAAUGGGCUGUGCUUGAUGGAGAAAUUCUGCGGAUGACCUUUUGUCUCGGAGUCUCCCAGUUUCGUGUGAAGGAAAUAGCUGGGAACUGUUUUCUAACACAGCGGAACUGAGGUGGCCUCUGCAUUUCUAAGAUCCAGAGAGAAUGUACGCCGAUUAUUGUCCAAUAAAGUUCUGUUUUCCUCUGCACACGUUUGCCUGUAAUGCAAUUUGAACAGAAUUUUAAGGUAACCUAGUACCCUUUUCAACGGAGUUUUCUGUAGCAUAUCCCUUUAUAAAUAGGUGAUUCAACAAGUCCUUUGAGCCUGGAUUUUUGUAGCCAUGAGAAAUCAUUUUACCUGGACUACAAAGUUUCCCCCGGGGAUCUUUUUUACCUCCAAGCCACCAAGGGAUUCUCUUCUGUAUUGUCAAACUUAAGUUUUCCAGAUCAACAUCCAUCUUUGGUGGUGCUGGGCAACGAUCAAAGUACCUGAUAACAUUUUGUUUGUUAGGUUCCAGUGUAUUGCUGUGGUCCAUUCAUACGUAAAAUAUUUGUUUCCUGGGUAGUUUCAGCCGAUGCAGACUGUAUUCUGGCACCCAUUUUGUGGUGCUGUUCCAAAUACUUUCCAGUAAUACUUUGCAUCAACAAUCCUUUCAGUAUUCUUGCAUAUUUACAGAUUCAUGUUUAAAAAGUAGAGAGCAUUUAAGGCGAGCUCAGGUUCUGGGAAUUGUUCUGGGAAUUGCGAGGCUGGAAAAACCACUUCUUGCCUAGCAGCUAUUUCCUUGUUAAGAUUAUUUUUCUUCUCAAUGGGAUGACCUCCCUCAAAACUGGCAGAGAACAAGGUUUUUCUUAUGAUGCAUUUCUCAUUUUCUCCCAAAUAAAACAUUUAUAUUUGCCCUA